ACAGCCAGUAGGAGAGGUCGCACGGCGCCGACACCCUGCGUCUUUAAGGGGACGCGGAAAAAAGAGGGCGUGUUUAGUCAUUCACGCUACAUCAGGAGGCAUUAUAGUGAGUUGCUGAUCCUCAUAGCAGUUGCACCGUUUGUGAGGAUGCGAGGACAGCUACUGUAGAAUUUCUCUAGUACCAUAAAGACCGAACCGGGUAGUCUAACAGCGCUGCUUGGAAUACAGAGAGCACACCUGAGCGCAUUACAUUUAAUUCCGUUUGAUGAACGCACCCCUACAUUAUUACUGAGCUGCUGGGGGCCUAGGAGUGGUGCUGCAGCUGUUUUUAUGAAUGGGAUGCUCGGUUUCCAGGCUGACUGGAGUUAAGGAGCACCAUUAUUCCUUCCAAGGCUCAUAAAGAUUGAAGAUCUGGACCACCUCUAGCUACACACCACCAUGCCAAUCUUAAAGCAGCUACUCUCCACCUCUUCCCAAACGAAGCGUCGCUCACGUAUGGACUUGACCAGGGAGAUGAUCAGUGCUCCCCUUGGUGAUUUUCGUCACACUAUGCACGUAGGUCGCAGCGGUGACGCUUUCGGAGACACGUCUUUUCUAAGCACACGCUCUGGGGAACCUUCCCCUGAGACAACAUCUUUCCCUCGCUCUCCUCGGACCGGCCUUUUGGCACGCACCUUUAGGAGCAGCAAGCGCUCACAGUCGGUGACCAGAGUGGACCAACAGAACGAUAGCAGCUUGAUGAUUCCUGGAGGGUCCCCAACAUUUGUUAAAAACGCCAUGUCCCUGCCUUUUCUCAAUGACGAAAACAGAGGGAACAGCAUUGAGUCAAAGAGCUUGUCUUCAAGCCCAUUUAAGCAGCACAGGGAGCUGGAUUGUGGGGGAGCUGCAGCAGCAGCAAAUUUACUCGAGCUGCAAGAAAAAAGCUUUGGUGAACUGACGGAGCUGCCGGAGAGCUCCAUUCACUACGGAGGUGGAAUGAAGCACGCAGAAUCGGUCAUGUCGUUCCAUGUCGACUUGGGACCCUCCAUGCUAAACGACAUCUUGGAUGUGAUGCAAAAGGAGGAAGAUGAUCUUGGCUACGAGGAAGGCAAGAGCAGUGAGGGCCGUGCCUCGCCAGCACUUAGCAACCACUGUGAGGAAGAGGAUGAGGAAAAGCAGGAUGAGGAUGAAGGUGGUGACCAAUAUGUGGAGGCAGAAAAAGAUGCAGCAGAGCAUCCAACCCACUCUACUGAUCUGAGGGCUGAAGAUCAAGGUCCUUACACUCCAGAGUACACGCCUGAAAUACGUCCCAAACACCUUCAGCAUCUAGACAGCUGCUCCAUGUCGAGCUCUGGCUCUGCUGCAAUGGAUGAGAAGCCAAACUACCAGAAUUACGCAGGAGACACAGACAGCGCUACCUUCAGUGCACCACCUGAGGAGGAGAGCAACUUCUCCUCUUUCUUGGAGGAUGAAGAUGAUGAAAUCCACGUAUAAGAGUUCAGACUCAAAACCACCAAGCUCUAGAAGACAUUUGGUAGCAUGGAUUUUGAUUUAGAGCAGCAUGACAAAGCUGUAUUGGGCACCUGUGGGACCAGAAACCUUCAGCUUUUUAUGGCUACAAAGAAAGUGUGAUUACCCCUUUUAAGAUGUGGCCAAAUCCAUUCACCAGAGCGCCUUACCCUUUUGAACACUGACAUAAUUGACAUGGAUGAGGAGGGCACUGUCUGAAUACAUACUAUUCCAGAAAUAAACUGUGAGGUCUGGUUGAAAAGAAACUAGUUGAAGGAAAAAAAGCAAACUUAACUCAGCCUUUCAAUCUCUCUUUUCUUACUAUCACACCCCCCAUCCCACCCCGUGCCGUGGGACAUCAUGCGGCCUGAGCUGAACAGAAGGGCUCUGUCACAAGCGGACCACUGGUGGGUGUCUUGUCCCAAUAAAGAGAGCUGUGUUUGUGACUGGAGUGCUAGGCCCAGCAUCAAUCCCCUUUCAUCAUAAAAUAUUAUGGCAGAGCUACAGAUCUGUCAGACUUUUCACCCUUAUUCUCACCUAUGUAACUCAGGGUCCCUGCAACGCUGCCUGAAGGUAACCAUCUCCAGCUUGCAGGACCACAAAGCCUAAACCGAAAUUCUGUUGUUAGUCUAGUGGAUGCCAUGCGGCGCAAAGUUCAGUCAGGGGGGAAGCUUUAAAGUAAUGCUUUUGGGUCACUACAAAGAACCUUGUUAUCACAGGAAACCAGGGGGUGAAGAGUAACGUGUGCCACAUUCUUGGUUGUCUUUUUAUCUCUUGUUCCAUUUAACACAGUGUUUUUUCUUUUCUUUCAAAAUGAUUUUCAUCACAAACUUCUGCAUUCCCUCCACAUUUGUUUGGCUUUUCGAUUUGACUGCAGACUGGUUAAAAACCACUUCCUUCCUUUUUUUCUUUUUUGUUUUACAUCCGGGCGACUGCCGUGCUACAUCUUAACCGUUAAAAAGUGAGGCUCAUUAGUCAACCCCAUCACUACACACGGCUAGGGCUUCAUGAUUAAAACGCAAGUGUGCUGGAAUGUAAAAGUAAACCAGACACUACUAGGAUCUGUAGUUUUUGUAGAAAAAAAAAACUCUUCCUCUCUUUUUCUGUGUUCGUUUGAAGCACGGAUGAAAAAAAUGCCUCAGCCAGCGAUAGAUGCAAGAGCAUUAAGGAGAAGAUUGCCGGUUUUAUGCAAGUUGCACCGUCAUUGCAGCUUGGCUCUACCUCUUGCAUCAUCAGAUCCAUGGGGCUCUAGCUGACUUGUGCAGAUUGAUUUCUCUGCCUUAACUGAAACUGACAGAUGUGCCAAAUUAUAAUAUUCAAGGCCAAAAAAAAAAUCAUUUUGUGAAAGUUUUGGGAGAGCCAGUUGAAUAUGUUAGUCUGUCUUUUCUGUAUAAUCUUAAUUUAGGCUUUUUACAGUGAAAAGAUUUAAGAAAUAAAAUAAAGGGUGAUUUAAAAGGAGAUAUCUUGCAGAAAAAAGGAGGUGCAGGAUGAGUUUGCAAAACUGGAUAUUUAUCAGUUACACACUACGCAAUGUAAUUAAGUCUUUCUCAUUUUGUGUGAAUGAGCCGCUGUGUUUUCUUUAUUCUUAAUAAGCCUUACUGUUUUCUGUACUGUAUAUCUUCAACUUUUUUCCCUAUAUCACCCAAAUUAACCUAUAUUUUUCAAUAAAAUAAAACCACAAUAA